UCAUGUCUGUGUCUUGCUGGCAGCAAAGUUGGCCAUAACCAGGACCUCGUCAUUUCCAUGGCUAACUUUACCCAGAAGGUGACCCGAGCUGGUAUUACACUUGCAGUACUUCCAGAGUGGAUCGCAAAUUUUCUAAUUAAGCGACAUCUUUCGGUGGAAAGUCAAAUCGAUCUGAUUAUGGACCUGCUGGUGCCUGAAAUGGAAAAGAUCCGUGCCGGCGAAGUUAGUCAUGACGACGAGCCAUCUUAUGCAGCGAUGGUGCUCAAUUUGCCCAAGGCCAAUGGUCAGCUGCGAACGCCCCAGGAGGCUGCUUUCUAUUUCAAAAAUAUUGUGCUUGCUUCCAUCCACACCACGACCACGUUCGCCUCGUUUGCACUACAUGAACUUGCGUGUCGUCCUGCUUUACAGGCAGAGUUGCGUGCAGAAAUCGAAAAGCUCGGUAAUGAUCGCACGCCUGAAACAGUGAGCCAGAUCAGACUAUUAGACUCGCUACUACGAGAAGUGUUACGGUACGAUACUUCAUACCUAGGAAUGCAUCACAAGGCAUUAGACAAUGUCAUUUUGUCGACUGGCCAAAUGAUUCCGCGGGGUAGUCUGGUUUUGGGCGCCAUGUAUGAUGCGCACAUCUGUCCUGCAUACAUGCCAGAAACAGCAGCGCUUGGAUCAUCAUGUCCUUUGGAUCAAUUCGAUGCGCAUCGGUUUAUGCAUGCCAACGACGAUAGUAGUUGUUCAUCCGCAUCAUCUGUUGGACCCGAAUACAUGACGUUUGGAAUGUUCGCACAUGCGUGUCCCGGCAGAUACUUUGCCGUUGACGAGAUCAAAUACAUUUUGGCUGAAAUGAUUAUGCGCUAUGAUCUCACCACUAAAUCGGGCAAGCGGGCCAAGGAUUAUGUGCUGAGAGGCAUAACAAGAUUUCCACCACGGGAGCCAUUGGAAUUCACAGGAAGAAGUAUUACUACCACAUCCAGGUGA